UCUUAAUUUUAGCUCUGGUCAACAUAAAGCAGUUCAUUUACAUUCAAAAUACCCCAAGAAUAUCCAAGUUAAGUUUGCCGUUUGAGGAAAAACUCCCGAUUAAAAUGAACAAGAUCGGUUCCUGUGACAGAGUGAGACCUCCUGUUCACAGAGAGUUAUGAGGUGAGUGCGCAUGCGUCAAUAAUUUUCAUGGCGGCAGGGUAAACACGCUACAGUUCUCUUUCCACGGACAUGUAGACGAUCUGUCGGUGGUCCAGUCUGAGUACGACGCUGUUUUUGAUUCUCCAGGCGACCGUUAAUCCGUUCUACAGCUAAAAGUCUAAAUGUCAUAAAAGAGUUUUCAGUCUGCAGAAAAUGAGAGCGGGCACUGAGGAGGCAGAAUCUUCUGGGUACCAACGGGUCGUACUGAAAAACGCUUCGCCGCAUCACUACCUCAAAGUCCGUCUGGUACUGGAGGAUGAGUCGGCCAGAGUGAGCGCCGUCGACCUGAAGACCUUCAUCACUUCCUGCCUGAGGAGUUUGUUCGGAGAGGUCGGAGCGGCGCUGAAUGUGGACGUGCUGAAGUACGAUGAGGAGACGCUGACCGCUCUGCUGCGUGUUCCCAGCAGGGGUUUGGUGAAGCUCUGGAGCUCCCUCACCCUGCAGGGGUUCUACCAGAACCGGGCCUGCGCCUUCAGGGUUUUGCAGGUGUCUCCGUUACUCCUGGCGCUGACUGGAAACAGCCGCGACCUGCAGCUGGACUGAAGCAGGAUGACGUCAGCCUGGACGCCGCUCUGCGUUAGGCUCCGCCCCUUCCGCCUCCCGUUGGCCCCGCCCCUCGGACGGCGCCUCCACGUCGGCCAGCGCGC